AUGGACAAAAAUGGAACAGAUACAGAUGGACCCCAAAAUGUCUUACAGACGAGCAUGGCUGGCCUGGCUAUCUUCGUCAUUGUCCUCACUUUUAUGAUUUCAUGCCGACGUUGUCUAAUGAAGCCUUGUGGAGCUACAAAGGCUGAAAAAGAUGCAGAGCAUUCCCGUCAAGCCAAACGCAGUGCCUCAAGAAAAUUAGAAGAGUCAAAGGAUCUACGAUCAUCGCUAGAAUCUAUUCAGUCGUUGGCUUGA